CACAACAACGGCAACCCGAGUGUAUUGCAGCGCUUGUGGAGGCGCUCCGCCUGUGCCGCUGCUUCGUUGCUGCCUGGGAUGACUUAACACUGCAAUUAGCUGGAAUGCUGUAUGCAAACGGUCUUGGCGCACCGGCUGCGCAGUCCCUUGAAGGGAGUGGUCGCCUUGCUCCCCACUCUGCUCGUUCCCCCGGAGCAGCGUCAGCCGCUGAGGGAUCCGGAGACAGACUCAGCGGAGUGGCGUGGCAGCAGCGACAGGAGGAGCAGCAGGCUAUGGAAACUGAUCGUGGCGCACAACGGGAGAAGCAACAGCAGCAGCAGCAGCAACAGCAACAGCAGCAGAAUGCGUCUACGGGAGAGGAGGAGGCGUGGGGAGGCUGCGUAAUAUCAGCAGCCGCUGCCACGGCAGCAGCUGCCAUCGCAGCGGAGGCUUUGGGGGGAUUGCCGCAUGGGGAAGCCUGCCUCGAUACGGCGUUUUCUGCAGACAACGGAAGCUCCGCUACGGCAGCUGUUGUUAACUCGCUUUGCAAUGACGGUGCAGAUUACAACUGGCUUGCGAAGUGCUCGUGCGAGUUGGGGGACGAGAGCAGGGCCCUCGAAUUCUUUUCCUUGCUAGGAGAAUUAAACCCUUCCCGUCUGGACUUUGUCUCUGAUUUCGCGCGGUUGCUAGUGGCUCGGCAAGAUCUACAGGGCCUGCAGAGGCUGGCAGAGAGGUGUCAAGAAGUCUCCCCAGGGUCCUUUGGCACGCUUCUGGUGUCUGCACACCUCGCGCGUUUCGGGGGAUCCCAAGAAGAGGCCGUCGAGAUUCUGCAUGCCGCAACGGCACUCAACCCAACGGCAAGCGAAGGAUGGUGCAUGCUCGGAUCUGCGUAUAUCGAGAUGGGGGAUCUCCUUUCCGCCGCAAGGGCCUUUGCCGCAGGGGCGGCAGCAGCUCCUGCUGCAGCGGCAGCACAUCUGGGAAGCGGCCAGACUCAGGCGCUUCUUCACAACUGGGCGGCUGCCGAAAGACUCUACUUCACGGCCGUUAGAUGCAGGCCAGACUUGCCGAUUCUAUGGUGGCACCUUGGGACUGCGCAAAAGGAGCAGAACAAACUUUCGAGUGCCCUGAGAAGCUUUCAGCAGUGCUGGCUUCUUGCAGAAUCUACUGAAGCCGCUGCAGAGUGUUUCGGAUGCGCUAUGAUGUUGCGGCUCCUGGGGACUGUGGGGCCUUUGACUCCGGCGGUUUGGGCAGAGCGUCUUUUCGAGGGGUAA